AUGUACGGGAGCGACUGCAUUAAAAGGGCCAUCGUCUGUAACAACGCAUCUGUGCCCCCGCCCCCACCUCCACCUCCAAAGCACUAUGAGGCUUUUCGCGACGUCUGCACGCGUCCUCUCGCUCUUUUGCCUCUUUCCUCGGUCACUGCACAUUCUACGCCUCUUGCUGGACACCGAACGAAGUCGACAUGUAAGGAAACCCAGUUCUUUCCGGAGAUACUGGAGCUGUUCAAGGGCAAUGAAGAAUACAUGGCGGAGAUGGCGAAUGAGAACCCUGGGCUGCUCGCUACACUCGCAACAGAAGGUCAAAAACCACCUUUCAUGCUCGUCGACUGCUCGGACAGCCGAGUCAACGAGCAGGGCAUAUUCUCCGCUAAACCUGGGACGAUGUUCACAGCAGGCAAUAUCGCGAACCAGUUCGACGAAGCCGAUCUCAACUCAAACGCUGUCCUUUCUUUCGCCGUUGGGACGCUGAAAGUCAAGCACGUGGUCGUGAUGGGGCACUAUGGGUGCGGAGGUGUCGCGGCUUCUAUGGUGACGAGCAGUACUGCAAGCCCUGCGGACAUAGCAGUGAAUACUUGGAUCCAGCCUAUUCGGCAGAUAUACCUUUCGUCGACUCGUCCAGAGAUUGCAGAACAUAGGCGAAACAACCUGCUCGUGGCUGCAACGACACCGGACCUACACGAUCCCACCUUCCGAGCCCUAGUGGAAGAAAACGUCAAAGCCAACGUCCAGAAGAUUGCCAACUCACUUAUCAUUCGCAGCCACUAUGCCUCCAUCGUCGCCAACUCAUCAUCUGCCGGAGAUAUCUUCAUACACGGCUGGGUGUACGACGUCGAGAACGGCAAAGUGUCCGACCUCGACGUCUCUGUAGGGCCGCCCGGGAGGGCUGUUCCUCCUAGCCCGUUCCCCGUCCUCAAGACGCAUUAA